AUGGACACCUACGAACGAAAUGUUAUGCAGACGCUAAACGUGGUACCUCAAGGUGGUAGCACUGAUAUGAUGAAGAAAGUGGAGAGAGCGUUGAGGCUCAUCAAGACGGUGGAGGAAGCUGAGCGAUGGAUGAUACUUAAUAAGCAGAACAUCCGCUUAUUCAAAAAGAUGUUGAUGUUAAAGAAAGAAAAUCCUCUGCGUCUUGAAGCUAAUAUUGGACUUUGUAAAUCAUACCAGCGGCAACUUCACCGACUGCGAUUAGAUUUAGUUAAGCAAGGUGGUGGUGUCACCAAAAAACAAAAUCGACAUCUAAUCUGGGAGACAAUUGAAACCCACCACCAGGGCAGGGUGAAGACUGGUAUGAUUACCAAUUUGGAUUAUAAAGAUCCAAAUAUAUUUUUCAACCGGGCAUUUCCAAUGUUUAGAAGACACGUUCGGCGUGAGCUAGUGAAUCAUCCCCUCAAGGUGUAUAUUAUGUUCACGGGCAAUUUCAUUAAGCCCAGCACCAAAGAGGAGGAUUUGAAAACUUUUAUAACGUCGGCUAAGGAAAUGUAUCUGACAACGGACAUGCAGGAGUGGUACAUUGAUCAUGUCAAAAACUAUUUGUUGAAAAAAUUGGAAGAAUUCCAGGAACGCGAUAGCGGUUGGGCUCUUGACAUGAUCAUAAAUAUUCGAGUCCACAUGAAUAAGUACUCUCCGAUCACAGCUGGAACAUUUUGCGAACUACCAUCUGCAAUUAAAUGUAGAAAAGCUGUGAUUAAUGUCCGGAAUGAUGACCAACAUUGCUUUUUAUGGUCGAUAAUGUCAGCACUUUACCCGGUUGAAAAGGAUCCUCAACCAAAGUUGGCUCGAUCGGGUGUAACAAAAUUCGAGCAUAAAAUUUAUUUAUGUGAUCGAUGUCUCAACUAUUUUGCUACAGAAGGCAAACUCCAACAGCAUUCAGUAAAUUGUGGUGAAAAAGAAGCGGUGCGGGUACGAAUGCCUGAAACUGAUGACGAGCGGUUCGUUGAGUUCAAAGAUUUCAACAGCAAGGAACGUGUUGAGUAUAUGGUGUACGCUGACUUUGAGGCACUAUUGGUACCACAACAUCAUGAAGACAUGGAAAUGGAUCAUGGGUCUUAUACAAAAAAUAUUCAAAAACAUGUACCCUACAGUGUAGGUUACUAUGUUCAUUGUACCCAUGAUCCCAACCAAUCGUUUUAUAAGGCAUACCGUGGUGCUGAUUGUGUCAAGUGGUUUGUUCAUGAACUGGAACAAGUAGCGUACUCAUUAGAGCAAAAAAUAAAACACGUUAAACCAAUGUAUCCGCUCACCGUCGAACAAGAACUGGAUUUUAUGUCAGCAGAGAAGUGUCACAUUUGUGGUAAAGAUUUCGUAUCCAAUUCCAUACGUGUUCGCGACCAUUCACAUCGCACAGGUAUCUACCGUGGAGCAGCACACCAAUUUUGUAAUCUGCAUUAUCAAGAUUCAAGGGUGAUACCUGUUGUGAUGCACAACUUAAGUGGAUACGAUUCGCAUUUUAUUAUUGAAGCUCUGCUGACGGAAAUCGACGGUCAAGUUGAUGUGUUGCCCAUCAACAAAGAAAAGUACAUCAGUUUCACAAAGCACGUCUCGGACAUUCAAUUAAGAUUCAUUGAUUCCUUCCGAUUUCUCGCAGACAAGUUGGAAAAUCUGGCCUCAUAUUUAGAUAAUGAUAAAAAAUCCAUUUUACAUAAAGAGGUCAGUAAUGAUGAACAAUUUCAAUUGCUAACGAGAAAAGGUGUAUUUCCAUAUGAAUACAUGAGUAGCUGGGGACGUCUCCAAGAGACAAAAUUACCACCAAAGGAGGCGUUCUACAGUGUGUUAACAGAUGAACACAUAACGGAUGAGGAUUAUAACCAUGCGAUACAGGUAUGGAACACAUUCAAUUUACAUACACUAGGUGAUUAUUCAGACCUGUAUAUGAAAACUGAUGUGUUACUACUUGCGGAUAUUUUUGAAAAUUUCCGUAACACUUGUAUUCAUAGCUAUAGUCUCGAUCCUAGUCACUAUUACACACUUCCUGGCUAUACGUGGAGCGCCAUGUUGAAAUACACCAAUAUCAAAUUGGAAUUGUUCACGGAUAUUGAUGACUUGUUGUUUAUCGAGAAAGGAAUCAGAGGCGGUGUAAGUCAAUGUUCUAAUCGCUAUGCUAAGGCAAACAAUAAGUACAUGGAAGAGGGGUAUGAUAAAACUCAAGAAGAUGUCUACCUUAUGUAUUACGAUGUGGUGAACCUAUAUGGUGCAGCAAUGUGUGGAUACCUACCAACAGGAAAUUUUAAGUGGGUUGACACACCAAACAUCGAGGAUGUUGCAGAUGAUUCACCAGUCGGGUACAUUUUAGAAGUAGACCUUGAAAUACCCCAACAUCUACAUGAUAACUUUAGCGAUUUACCGCCAUGUCCGGAGACAACGAAACCACCUGGAUCAAAACAAAAAUAUCUUCUGUCAACCCUUUACAAUAAGACCAACUAUGUCGUGCACUACAGGAAUUUAAAACUGUAUACACAACUCGGUGUUAAGGUAACAAAAUACCACCGUGUGUUACAAUUCGAUCAAUCUGCAUGGUUGAAACCAUAUAUUGAUUUCAAUACCGAGAUGCGCAAGAACGCCUCAAAUGAGUUUGAAAAAGCAUUAUUCAAACUCAUGAUUAAUGCCAUCUUCGGUAAAACCAUGGAGAAUGUGAGGAAACAUCGGGUUGUGUACAUACGAAAAAAUUGGGAUGGAAAACAUGGUGUGAAGAAAUUAAUUGCCAACCCCAAUUUUCACAGUAUGAUGGUGCUCGACAAUGACGUCAGUAUUGUUGAAAUGAAAAAAUCACAGAUACGUUUCAACAAACCCAUCUACAUAGGCUUCACAAUUUUAGACAUAUCGAAAACGUUUGUGUAUGACUUCCACUACAACUACAUGUACCAACGGUACAACCCCACAAAUGUCAGGUUAUUAUACACAGACACCGAUAGUCUAAUUUAUAGCGUGAGAAAUACUGACGUCUAUGAGGUCAUGAAACAGGAUAUUAAUCGUUUUGAUACGGCUGACUAUGCACCCGACAACAUCUAUGGUAUGCCACUACGUAAUAAGAAAGUCAAGGGUUUAAUGUCCGAUGAAAAUAAUGGUGAUGUUAUGCUAGAAUUUGUCGGAUUACGUUUCCCAACAUUCACAAUUCGUCUUUGUUUUGCAUCGAAGCAAUUAUUUCCGCCAUUACAUCGAAGUAUUGAUUCAUUAUGUGAUGUAUAUGAAUCUUGA